AUGGCCACCCGCAACCCAAACCUCAACAACAUCGCCGCGCUGAAGCUCGCCGCGGCCGCGGCGGUCGCGGCCGCGGACUCCGGCGAUGCCGAGCUAAGGGGACCCCGCGGGGAGUGGUGGUGGACGGGCCGCAAGCCGUGGCAGUGCCCGGGAUACGACGAGAAGGCCGGCGUGCUCAGGGCGCUGCCGCAGCCGAGCACGGCGACCAGCAGCAGGCAGCAGGUGCUGGACUACUUUGACAACUGCUGGGCGCUGACAGAGGUGCUGUUCAGCUGCCUUCAGGGCGGCGACGCCUUUGUGCGGCAGCCCUACCACCAGCUGCGCCACCCCAUGAUGUUCUACUACGCCCACACUGCCGUGGUGUAUGUGAACAAGUUCCGCGUGGCUGGGCUGCUGCAGGACGGGAUCGACCCCUUCAUCGAGCAGCUGUUUGAGGUGGGGGUGGAUGAGAUGAGCUGGGACGACCUGAGCCAGGCCAAGGAGGACUGGCCGCCGGUCAGGGAGGCCUGGGCCUACAGGGGCAAGGCCUACAAGGCGGCCAGGUUCAAUGAGGCAGACGCGCAAGGGGGGGGGCUGCGGCUCAAGCGGCCGGGUUGA